AGAGAGAGAGAGGGGGGGUAUAACGAGAGAUAGGGAGAUGUACAUGUUUUUUGUGAAGGCUGGAUUCUAUCACAGAGGUACUAUCGGGAUUGUUAGAAGAACCGGCGAUUUGCUUGGUGCUGCAUGACUCCACAGUUCAACAUGGCUAAAUGGGGCUCAAAACUCAAAUUGUUACUUCUCAUCCACCUCUUACUGUCUGAAGUAGUAUUUGGCAGAGCUCCACUCCCGAAAAGCAGCCUGAGGCCCUCAGUGACUUCAAAAAUGUCUCAAACAGAGCAAGUAGAAACACAAGUGGUUAAAGGUGGUCUUCGCGCCGCCCAUCAGUUGGUCUUAAACCUCUCAGCCUCUCUACAAGGUCAGCUGGAUCUCCAAAGCAAUGCAAGCUGUGCAGAGCUCGCCAAUAGAGGCUGGAGAGGGAAGGGUUUCUCUCAGGAGUUAUUGGGGUUGGCAAUGGUGCCUGUGUUGGUGUCAGCAGGAUGUUUGACUGAAGCCCAGGCUUUGGUAAUGCAACUCUAUGCAGUGUUGGGCCAAAAUGAUACAUGUGAAUUUUUGCAGGACGUGCUGGUGCUGAUCAAGAGAGGCAAAGAGAGGGAAUUAGCACACAUUGGCCAUCAAACCUUUACCAAUGGAUUCCAAACCCCGCCAUCUCCUCUUAUGCUCAACUCUGAGUCACAGUGCCACUUGCAGGCUGUUAUAUUUAACAUACAUCAGCUAGCUGAGGUAGGUGAGAGAGUUAAUGGUUAUAAGGGUAAAGUUAGGCCUAUGGGGAAAUGCAAGGGAUGGGUGAGGGUGAAAGGCACUCAGUUACUGGGACAGGCUGCAGAACAGAGCAGGCCAUUGAGUAUUGAGGAAGCACAGCAGGCUUGUCGAAGCUUGGGAAUUCAAUGUGCAGGUGUGACCCAAGAUGGAGAUUCUGAAUAUUAUCAAGUUAUCUUGAGGCCUGGAAGCAGCAUAGUGCCUUCAUCUAACUCGGAGAGCUGGAUUCAGAAUUGCAAGGUGGGGUCUGUACGUUGGCGCAGAAAUGGGGUCCCUCAGCAUCACUGUGUCAAUGAAAAAGAGGAGCGAGUGUACAUGGUUGUGGAGUGGAUUCCUGCAGUUUCCACACUGUAUAAUCUGGGAACAGCCGUUUACUAUGCUUCGGUUAACUGCUAUGAUACUGCAAAAGAGAGAGCCAUCUUCAGCACUGUGGAUCUGGGCACAGAUGCCCUCAUGGCUGUAACCGGGGGAACUGCAGGGGUUGCUGGUUAUGCGUUGGGGGCUGGUUUAAAAACGGGUGUAAAGGCAGGGAUCAAAUAUCUGCUGAACAACAUGAAAGAGGAUGGCGACCUGCUAAUGAACCAGAACAGCUUGGAGGAUGGAAGUAUCACUGUCCAAUAAAAACCAAUGAGGAAAUUCAAGAAUGGAAAACAUUGC